CUUUUGCCUGUUUCCUGGCAUUGUGCAAGAGGCUUCAAGGUGCAACUAGAGACACAUUCAAAAUGGCGUCACGCUAUGACGAUAAUAUUUAAAGGAUUAAUUGUUGCUAAUCAUAAGCACUUGUCAGUUCCCAACGUCGCUAAAUAAUGAACUAGUUUGCAAGCUAUUUUUAUAAUUAAUUAAAGAAAGCAAAAUUAUUGAAGAGGAUGGUUGAUUUCGCAUAACUGAAUAUAGAAGCUGCAAGAUCCACAAUGGACAAUCUGUCAGAUUCAUUCCGAGGAGAGCUAGACUCUGUAACUUCCACAGAUUCUCUUCAAUUGAUCAGCGACGAAUUUCAUUUGCGACACCUAUCCACACCUGAUGUCUCAAACAUCGAACUGUCUAAACGAGUUGCUUUGCUGGAGCUGGAGAACGAACGGUUACGUGUUGAUCUAGAAAAUGUACGGAUUGAUCUUAACGCCAGAAUUGCCUCAAAUCAGGGUCUAAAGGGUAAGAUAACAGAACUGUUUGUCGAGAUGCAAACAGUGCAGCAGGAAAAGCAGAAGCUGCAGAAUACCCUAACUGAUACCAUAAAUCGUCUGUCUACUGCAGAAACCUCUGCAAAAUGGUAUCAAUCACAGGUGCACAUCCUGUUGGCUAGCAAGAAAAGUCUACAGGUAGAGAUAGAAACAUACCAGAAUAUUCUGAAGCAAAGACAACAGGCAAUAGCAGAAAUAAAUGCCAGCUACAAACAGCUCAAUACCGAUUAUACUGAGCUUGCACAACAGUAUCAGAGAGAAAAGCGUGAAAUGCAGAGUGCAAUAAAGGAUCUGCAAUUGCAUGUCCAAUCUGUUAGCGUGGCACAUAAUACACUUGACAUUACUCCAGCGAGCAAUUUAGCAGACGUGUCCAUGAUGCUAGAAGCGACAGAGGACGAGCUACGAAAUACCAAAACUGAACUGAAAACAUUGGAGCAGCGAUUUCUGGGCAACGAAGCGGCCAAGAUGUCGAUGGAGAAUGCACUUAGUAAACAGCGCAUUCUGAUCUCAUCCAUGGAAGAAAACAUGCAGAAAUGUGAGACGGAGAAGAACGAAACGGCCGAUUUGUUGAGGAAGACGCAAUUUGAGAUACAAAAAUUGCGUUCUGAGAACGAGAUACUGCAGACUUCUCUGUUAGAUUCUAAGCGAGAGCAGAGUCAAGUAGAGGACGCGAUUUCUCAUCUGAGGAUACAGCUGAGCAAGAUGAUCGCGCAGUAUAAGCUGCUGAAGACAAAGAAUGCGGAAUCCGAAGAGAAAUUGAAUACCAUACAAGAUCUCACGGAUGAGAACAAACGUUUGAAGACCAUGUCGUAUAAGGCGAACAGCGCUCUACUUAGAAAACUUAGAGAGGAGAAGGCCAAAAUGCGGAGUCUGGAACAGAAAUUUUACGGCAAGCGGAUGAGUGGUCAACUCAGUCAUAUGAGAAACAAAACGGAACAUUGCUUACGAGAAUGUUUAAAACAGGUUCUGUCGAAAAAGGAUUUGCAGGACUCGAAGUCUGCAACUAGAAUAGCCGACGAGAGUAUUGAUGAAGGAUAUGGUGAUAGCAGUAAUACCUCCUCGGUUUCACUAGACAUUCCCUCGCCGUCUCCUAUCAAUUCAGUAUUACUGAAUAGCGCAACCGAUGUUCUCGCGCGAAGCAAAGACUUUUGCUCGCCGAUGCAAGAACAAUUGGAUGCUCUUCGAUCGAAAUUGGAGGAACUUCAUGACCAGUGUGAGACGUUGAACCAGCGAAGUAGUCUUCAUUCCAGUGUCAACGAUGUAAUUCCACCGAGAAAUUCCAAGUAGUUCAAGGACUAUUUCUAUUCGUGAUUAUACGAACGAGAGAUAGUCUUAGUAAUUAGCAUAUACAUCAUUUGAUCAAGUUUCAUUUGUUAUCAUCGAUAAAACUCAUUGAAUUUAGGUAUUAUUAUGCGCAAAAAAAAAGAGAAUUGUUUACUGAUGAUACCAAAGGUAUCAUUAGUUCUUGAGUAUGAAAAAAGGUUGUAAAAUGCUUUGAUAGCGAGUUGAUAUUUAUUUGUUACGUUUUUGGACAUAUUAUAUAACUGUUAUCGUAUCUGAUAUUUAUUCUUGCCUCGGUAUUCGGCCUUCGCUUUUCAUAAUAGAGGAUUAUUAAGAAACAUGGCUUGAUAACUGAAGAAAUCCAAAUCAACUGUAUUUUGCAAACGAAUGUUGUAAACAAAUUAAAGCAACACCUAUCGCAAUAGCAGAACUGCAUAAAGUGCGAUAGUCAUAUUUGUAAUUGUUACUGGUAUAACUUGUAAAAUGAGUGAAAAGCGUGAGAAUGCAAAUGACAGUAUUACAGAAAUGAUAAGAGAAGCGAUGUAGCGUUGCUGCAUCUAAUAAGCAAUGAUUAAGAGAUUAACUUAAGAGUAUUUAUCGCGGAACUUCAUGUGCGAACUGUGUAAAUAUUUUUUACCAACAAGUCCAUGAUGAAAUAUAAAGUAAGAUAGAUAAUGAGCGCUACGGUUCGACACGUCGUUUCGCGCUGUGGAGAAACGUCCGAUUCUGAUGUAUACUUUGUACUUACAGCUACAAACGAAAUAAAGGUGAACGCGUGUAUUCUCUCUCACAACGUUGCGAGAGUUUUGUAACACAGUUUGUAUAUAUAAGUGCGGUAAUAAAUACAAGUCUAUUGAGCAAACCA